CGUGGGACCGGAAGUAGUAGUGCGCCCUUGCCUUUGGCGCCCCAUGGGGUGAGAGGUCAGAGCCCGAAUUAGUGGACUGUCAUGGCGCUUCCCGCGCGUCUCGGGCGCUUUCCCUUUUGGGGACUAAGCGCGGCGCGAGCGUGUGGGAUUCCUCGACGGUCGACUAACAGCAGCUGGCAGUGCUAUCCCCGGCUACGCGGCGGCUGUCAGGUGAUGGGAAACCAAAGUGCUUUCAAAAGAAGCCUUUUAUUCUCAGCCUUGUCUUAUUUGGGUUUUGAAACUUACCAAGUCAUUUCUCAAGCAGCCGUAGUUCAUGCUGCUGCCAAAGUCUUACGAGUUGAAGAAAUCCUUGAACAAGCUGACUACUUAUAUGAAAGUGGAGAAACAGAAAAGCUUUAUCAAUUGCUAACCCAGUAUAAGGAAAGUGAAGAUGCAGAGUUACUCUGGCGUUUGGCACGGGCUUCACGUGAUAAAGCUCAACUGUUUGGAACCUCAGAAGAACAGAAAAAGCUAUUGGUAUAUGAAGCCCUAGAGUAUGCAAAAAGAGCACUAGAAAAAAAUGAAUCAAGUUUUGCCGCUCAUAAGUGGUAUGCAAUCUGUAUUAGUGACAUUGGAGAUUAUGAAGGCAUCAAGGCUAAAAUUGCAAAUGCCUACGUGAUCAAGGAACAUUUUGAGAAAGCAAUUGAACUGAAUCCAAAAGAUGCUACCUCAAUUCACCUUAUGGGUAUUUGGUGUUACACGUUUGCUGAAAUGCCUUGGUAUCAAAGAAGAAUUGCUAAAGUGCUGUUUGCAACUCCUCCUAGUUCCACCUAUGAGGAGGCCUUAGGCUACUUUUACAAGGCAGAACAAGUGGAUCCAAACUUCUACAGCAAAAACUUACUUCUCUUAGGAAAAACGUAUUUGAAGUUAAAUAACAAAAAACUUGCUGCUUUCUGGUUAAUGAAAGCUAAGGACUACCCAGCACACACAGAGGAGGAUAAACAGAUACAGACAGAAGCUGCUCAGUUACUGACAGGUUUCAGUAACAAGAAUUGAGAAUUUCUGACACGAAGCACAUGAAAUACCUACUACUAUCUUAUAAUCAAAUUAUAAAGAUUAUAUACAAACCACAA